AUGACUUCCAGAAUGCUGGCCCUUGGCGUCCCCCGCGAUGCUAGCCCGCCAGACAUCAAGAAGGCCUACAGGAAGCAAGCCUUGGUGUGGCACCCUGACAAGAAUGUGGGAAACGAGGCGGAGGCGCAGGUGCGCUUCCAAGAGCUGCAGCACGCCUACGCCGUGCUGAACAACGUCCACGAGAGGAAGUGGUACGAUGACCAUCGCGAUGAGAUCCUCAACCCGGCACGCUACGAGGGUGACGGCGAUAGCGACGACGGGGCGGGCGGGCGGACGGUUAACGUGACGCCGUUCUUCAGCGCGGCAGCGUUCUCCGGCUUCGGAGACGACGAGUCCGGCUUCUACCAGACCUACACCCGAGCGUUCCGAGAGGUGUGGGACGCCGAGAGAGAUUUUGGUGAAGCUUCGUCUGAUGGGAGUGGGUGGGGCCAGGGUAGCCCGCCCGAGAUGGGCGGAUCGAAAGACAACUACGAAACGGCAGAGGAGUUCUAUGGGACGUGGAGCGGGUUCGUGUCGGGGCUGUCGUUCGGCUGGGUGGACGAGUACAACGUGAACGAGGUCAGUGAGCAGCAACGGCAAGUUUGA